CAGCUUAUGUCGCGAUCUGGUUCCCCUCAGCAACCAUCUCUAAACAUCUGGCGAGUAAUACUUUUUUUUGUGUGAACAGAACAACCCAACAUUAUACCCAUACGCAAACAACUCUUUCAUUCACAAUAUUCCAACCAGACCCGACAUAGAAUCCAUUUAUUCAUUCUUCAUAAUACCUAUUUCACACAUUAAACCGCAGCCAUGUUAGAGGCACGCUUAGAGCAGGCUAGCAUUCUCAAGAAGGUUGUCGAUGCGAUCAAGGACCUGGUCCAAGACUGCAAUUUCGACUGCAAUGACUCUGGAAUCGCCCUGCAAGCCAUGGACAACUCGCACGUCGCCCUGGUGUCCAUGAUGCUGAAGGCCGAGACCUUCUCGCCAUACCGGUGCGACCGCAACAUCGCGCUGGGCGUCAACCUGACGUCGCUGACCAAGGUGCUGCGCGCGGCGCAGAAUGAGGACAUCCUGACCGUCAAGGCCGAGGAUGCACCUGAUACCCUGAAUCUGAGCUUCGAGAGCUCCGAGAACGACCGCAUCAGCGAGUACGACCUGAAGCUCAUGGACAUUGACCAGGAGCACCUGGGUAUCCCUGACACGGACUACGCCGCCACGGUGACCAUGCCCAGCGCCGAGUUUCGCCGCAUCUGCACCGAUCUGCUGGCCAUGUCGGAUUCUGUCACCAUAGAUGCUACCAAGGAUGGGAUCAAGUUCUCUUGCAACGGUGACAUUGGCAGCGGUGCCGUAACGCUCCGCAGCCACACCAACGUAGAGAAGCCGACCGAGAACAUUGAAAUUGAGUUGACCGAGCCCGUUAGCUUGACUUUUUCGCUCAAGUACCUGGUCAACUUCUGCAAAGCCUCGGCAUUAUCCGGCCAGGUCAAGAUUUGCCUGUCUGCAGAGGUUCCCCUCCUGGUCGAGUACAACCUUUCCGGCAGCAGCUACUUGCGAUUCUACCUGGCGCCAAAGAUCGGUGACGAGGAGUAAGGUUAUUCCCACUUUCCUUCCAACAUGACAUUUGCACUAGGCGCGGCGCAGGCUUUUGGAAUGUGUGAUUUUUUUGGUAGAGUACGAGAUACCAUGGGCGAAGAGAGAAUAUCCGGAUGAUAUUAUCUCCUCGUAUGGCUUAUGAUAUGCCAGUCCGGAUUGGAGUAACCGCCACUGAAAAUGAAGGGGUAUGUGGCAGAGCAAAAAAAAGGAUAACGCUUGGGGUCCAGAUGACCCUUUUUCAUGUCUUAUUUGAUGGUAAUGAUAGAAAAUGCAAAACUGAAAGAGGCCUCUCCUGGUUGCCAGGCAAGCCUAGAACUAGUCUACCUAGUUCUAGUACUCAAG